AGAUCGUACUGUAAGUCAAUUGUGCUAAUUACAUUCCAACACUGAUAAAUAGCGAGUAAAAGUUCAAAUAAAACCACAUUAAUGCUUUUAAAUCUGCCAGUUUAGCGAAAUACGAGGAGUUCUUGAACGCAACAGGAUGGAAGGUGGGCUUUUCUCCUCUUUUUGACUCUUUUUUUGGGGGGCGGCGCGCGACAAAGCAUUUCCUUUUUUUCCAUUUUGCAUCAUCACUUUUGUUGCAAGUAAAAAAAAAGCAUUCCCAGAUUAGGAUUAGGAUUACAGCGAACAGACCUGGAGGAGGAGGAUGCUACAGAGGCUCUGGACGUUCAUUUUGGAUUUAGUUUGAAGUUAUAGCCCCCCCCCCCCCCGGGGGUAAUCUGGAAUGUAGCCUGGACUGUCAUCGUGGAAGCAUUUCCUAGGGAACACAGCGAUGCCCUCCACUCGGAUUUGGAGGUAAUCUGAGGCCGUUUCGGGGAGACUCUUUGAGUUUUUUUUUCUUCUUCCAGAUGUCUGAUGAUCACCCCGGUGACCAGGAAACCGCCGCUUCUCCCCGCUUCUCCGGACCAAACGUACAUUUGUAAAACUUUAUUCUUCGUUCCCUCUUGACUUUGUUCCCUGGAAGAAGAAGAAGAAGAAGAACAACAACAACACAAAAAAAAUCCCUCUUCAUGCUGGAUAUAACGAGUCGUCGACGUUUGUGCGCGUGGACCGUUCUAAUGAGUCAGGCUGGUCGGACCUGAUGGUCGUGACAUGACGUGAUUCGGGUGAAGUCGUCGGGAAAGCAGGUCGCAAGGGAAGCCCCAAUGAGCUGCACGCAGCCCACGCUCACUGACAGGACCCCGAGCAUUCUCAACAAGGAGCCCACGGACAAGAAACCCAAGAAUGAGAAAUCCUCCGUCGCGCUCAAACAUGAGUUUGACCCGACAGGUCUUGUGCAGCGCUGUGUGAUAAUCCAGAGAGAUGAAAACGGCUUUGGGCUGACUGUGAGUGGAGACAACCCAGUGUUUGUGCAGCUGGUAAAGGAAGAUGGAGCUGCGAUGCGAGCCGGUGUUCAGACGGGAGACCGGAUCAUCAAGGUUAACGGGACCUUGGUCACACAUUCAAACCACGUCGAGGUUGUGAUGCUGAUAAAAUCGGGCUCCUAUGUCGCGCUGACGGUGCUGGGGAGGCCUCCGGGGCUCCCCCACAUCCCCCUGGAGGAGGACGAGGAGAAGAAGGAGAAGGUCCGCCCGCCUUCUUCUCCGCCGCCGGGCCUCCCGCCUGCACCGCCGGGUGGAGAGGCCUCCGCCUCCUCGCCGCCUGAUUGGGAUGAGAACAAAACCGCUCACAGCCAGACAGCCGACCACCUGCACAGGAUGCUAACCGAUGAGCAGCAGGAGCUACAGACCAAGGAGGAGGACUACAGCAGGAACCCUGGGCCCAAACUACUGAAGGAGGUGCAGGAGGCCAAGAAGCACAUUUCCCUGCUGCAGGGGCAGCUCAGCGAAGCAGCAUCACAGGAGGACGGGGACGUCGGCCCCCCCACGAGGGAACAGACCCCGACCUCACAGGGCCACAGGAGCACCGCCGGGCCCCCCACCAACAAUAACUCUAUGCAAAGCAGCCCCCCCACAGAGGCUAAAAGAGAGACGCCCUGUCAAAGCCCGGACGCCAGCCGGCGGGACGGCCUCCACCUCUGCCCCUCGCCGGACGCCGAGGACCCCGCUGAUACGGACUCUGGUGCCCAGUGCAUUGUGGGUAGCCCUCCCUACCUCCUCAACCCCCAGAUCAUCGGAGCAGAAGAUGACUACUUUGACUCUCAGCAGGAACAGAUCGAUGGGCCCUGCAGCUGUUUCCAGAGCAUCGACUCGCUCAAGUCUCGCCCGGCUCACCUCGCCGUCUUCCUCCACCACGUGGUCUCUCAGUUUGACCCGGCGCCUUUGCUGUGCUUCCUCUACGCCGACGUGCUCAAGCAGACCAGCGCCAGAGAGAGCCGCCGCUUCUUGGCCGAGUUCCACUCGCUCUUCGUGGACCGAGCGGCUAACCUCAAGGUACCGGUGCCGGAGGCCGUCGCGGCUGAACUCGAGCGGCGGAGGCUGGAGUUGAUCCCGGAGGAGCUCUGCAGGCAGCACAUCCAGACGGUGCAGGACGCACUGAUCCCAGAGCUGCUGAAGAACCUGGAGGACUUCAGGCAGAAGCGCAGCAUGGGUCUGACUCUGGCCGAGGACGAGCUGUCCAAGCUGGGCUCCGAGGGAGGAAAGGACCACCAGGCCCUGGAGAGGGAAUGCUCCUGUGCAGAACACAUCCUCUCCAAGGUCGAUGACAUCCUGUUCUCCUCGUAUCCCACAGAAGAGGACAAGUGCCAAACCAUGCAGCACGUGAUCCUCACCUACAUGAAGCACCUCGGGGUGAAGGUGAAGGAGCCUCGAGGCCUCGAACACAAACGAGCGCGCAUCAACUUCCUGCCCAAGAUCAUGCAGAAGAGCAUCAAGCCCGAGAAGGAGGGCGAGGAGAAGGUGAAGAAGCCUCGGUUCCCCAACAUCCUGGGCCCGCCCCGGCGCCUGAGCCGAGUGGACUCCACUUCAGUCGGUAAGGCCGUGGAGCUGAACAAGCAGCGCUCGCCCAAGCCGCUCCCCCACCCGACCUCCGGCAUCCCCGAGCAGCCCGACUCCUCCUCCGCCUCCGGCCCGGCUCGGGCCCGCGAGGGACCGGACGCCGCUGCGCCGCCCGCGCCCUGCGCCCUCAGCGGCUCCUCCCCCCCGCUCAGCCCGCCCUCCGCGCAGGCCUCGGACGCCAGCGGACCGGACUCGGACUCCAACGUGUCUCCGUUCUGCAUGCAGCCCAGAGCGGGCGAGGGUCUGCAGGCUGGAGACCCCCAGGAGCCCGUCUCCGGUCCCACCGGCACCCAGUUCGACUUCAGCCCCUCCAACCUGGAUCACCUGCAGGAGGAGGACCAGGAGGCCUUCAGGAUGGAGCUGCAGAGCGAGGACGACCAGGCUUCGGGGGAGGCGGAGCGGGAGGAGAACCUUCUGACCUGGCAGAGUCUGGUCAGCCAAGGCGUCCUGGUGAGCUUGACGCCGCAGGAGAUCAAGCGGCAGGAAGUCAUCAACGAGCUCUUCUACACGGAGCGGGCGCACCUGAGGAUGCUGAAGGUGUUGGACGGCGUCUUCUGCCAGCGGCUGACCAGAGACGGCGUCCUGCCUCCAGAGGACAUCAAGCACAUCUUCAGGAACCUGGAGGAAAUCAUCCAGCUACACGUUUCGGUGACGGAGCAAAUGACGGCGAUCCGGAAGCGGAGCGAGACGUCGGUGAUCGGCCAGAUCGGCGACGACCUCCUGGCGUGGUUCAGCGGGGAGGAAGAGGAGAAAAUAAAAAGGGCGGUGGGAACUUUCUGCAGCAACCAGCCGUCCGCUCUGGAGUUCAUCAAGAGCAGGCAGAAGAAGGACCAGCGCUUCACCUCCUUCAUGCAGGAGGCUGAGAGCAACCGUCUGUGUCGCCGGCUGCAGCUCAAAGACAUCAUUCCUGUGGAAAUGCAGCGAGUCACCAAGUACCCGCUGCUGCUGGACAACAUCGCCAAGAACACGGGAGACGGAGAAGAGAGGCAAAAGGUGAAGAGAGCUGCCGAAUGCUGCAAGAAGAUCCUAGACCACGUCAACCAGGCGGUCAAAGAGGCCGAGAACAAACAGAGGCUGGAGGAGUAUCAGAAGAGGUUAGACCUCUCGUCGCUCAAGCAGAGCGAGAACCCCAUGAUCCUGGAGCUGAGGAACCUGGACCUGACCAAGAGGAAGAUGGUGCACGAGGGACCUCUGUCCUGGAAGGUCAACAAGGAAAAGACAAUCGAGCUGUACACCAUCCUCCUGGAGGACAUCCUGGUGUUGCUGCAGAAGCAGGACGAGCGCCUGGUCCUCAGGUUUCACGGGAAGAAUCCGGCCGUCUCCGCCGACACCAAACACAUCUUCAGCCCCGUCAUCAAGCUCAACACGGUGCUGGUCCGGCCCGUCGCGACCGACAACAAGUCUUUCUUCGUGCUGUCCAUGUCGGACAACGGGGCUCAGAUCUACGAGCUGAUGGCUCAGACGGUGUCCGACCAGAGAGCGUGGCAGCGUCUGAUCACGCAGGGCGCCGACGCCAUGAAGGCCCAGCCUGGCCACAGGCACGUGGCGCCUCCGGCUCGGUCGCAAGCUGAGCGCGACGCCUUCGACAUCAUCAAACGCGGGAUGCCCAAAGCGAGCAAAGAUCCCAACGAGACUUCAAGCGAAAGCCUCCAUCCCUCAGAUGCCGCCUGUUCUCCGGACAUUCAAGCGCCGGGGGUCAACCCGUUCGACGGCAUGAAAUCCGAGGACGAGGAAGAGGAGCUGGUUGCAGCAGACAGACAGGAGGACGCUGAGGAGGAAGAGGAACAGGAGGCGGUGGCAGAGGAGGAGGAGGAGGAGGAGGAGGAAGAAGAGGAGGAGGAGGUGGAUGAAAGGGAGCUGGAAGCCUUCCUGGACGGGCAGCUGGGGGACGGACUGCCGUUCCUGCAGGAAGCGUCGCUGCCGGGCAUCGCCGAUGAAGACCUCGAGCGCGGCGCAUCGGGCGCGCGCUCCUCUAAAGGCGAAGAGGCUCUCAGGACAUUGGCGAUGCUGAAGCAGGCCCUUUUCAGCCACAUCAGCAGAGAGGCAGAGGAGGAGAAAGAGGAGCCGCAGGAGGUCGCGGCCCCCGAGGGCCGAGCGCCCGCCGGUUCACGCCAAGAAGACCCUCCGCUCCCGGUGGGACACGCAGAGCCUCCUCAGACGCCUGAACACAACGGAGGCUUUGUGGUUCUGGACUUCGGUGGGGGCUCCGAGAGCAGCACCGACGACGACGGGGGGGUCGGCGGCGGCGGCGGCGGCGACGUCGGCAUCGACAUGAGAAAGCUGCUGUCCUUCUCCUCGCAGGCGGGGGGCGCCGGAGGCCCCAACCUCAGCCGGCAGCUCAUGACCCACCUGCGCCUCCUGCAGGCCGACCUGCAGUACCUGAAGGAAGUGGAGACAAAGUACAACGAGCUGCUGCGACGCGCGCACAGCGAGACCGACUCGGAUGACCACAGCGAUGCGGUUCAGUGAUGGCGGACGUCCUUCUCUCUCGCUCUUGAGGUUCAAUGCCGCUGCGUGGUCACUCUCCUCCGGAGGAAUCUUUGAAGAUUUCAUCCUGGAGGAUUUGGAGACUUCAUGAAGUUAUCAUCACUGUUUGGAAUGUUUCACCACAAAGAGAAGAGACUCUUUUUUUUCUUUUCUUUUUUUGUUGCCAUAAUAUUAAUCCACUGCGUAAAUGAUUUUAAAACACUGGAGAUAUGAAAUGAAAAAAGUUGCAUGUUUUGAAGGAUGAACAGAAAAAGAUUAAGAGACAAUAAAAAAAGACACGAGGAUCGGACCGGACUGAUUGUGAGUGUCGGGAAGGUCCAUCGUCUCUUUCAGGACUCGCUGCUGUAAACAUACAAACUUUUCCUCUACUGUACUUAUUCAGCCACAUAGUUGCAAAUGCUGAAAAGUAGAUUUACUCAUUUUGUGGACUGUUUCACGCCAAGCUGUCUUCUCACCUCACUGAUUAUGUUUUGAAAACUCAACAUUCAGUCCAUCCCCAGAUGUCUUUGUAUGUCUUUAUCCUAGCUUAGCAUAAAACUGGAACUAGUCUGGGGGGGGGGGGGGUUCUGUAGUUCAUUAAUGAAUUGUUUGUUUAGUCCAAACAAAAACAGACGUAGAAAUGACUUUUAUGGCUGGUUUGCUGGCCGGUAAUAAUGUUUUUUUUUGUUGUUUUUUUUGACCCAACAAUGAAAAGGUUAUUUUUUGUGGUGCAGAGACUUUUGCUUAUGUACGGAAUAAAGUUCAAGCUUAUACCUCCCGAUAAAAAUAAAUAGUUUCUACAUACCUAUCGCCAGGAAAUAACUGAAGAAACUAACUAUAUUUGCAUUUCGGACAAAGCAAUUGAUGCAGUUGAGCAAUGCAAUUGUUGAGCAAGGUAACCCACCAGAAGGUCUGUGUCCCGUGUCAAUGUUGUGGCGCUAACUCGCUAGGCUAGCUGUUUCCGCCUACUUCCAGUCGUUUUGCUAAGCUAAGCUAAUCUUGUGCUAAUUCCUGAGUGACAUUGAUCUUCUCGCCUAUCGGAAAUAAGCAUAUUUCUCAAAAGUGUUCAUUUGUUAAGUUUUCCUUUUAAGCAGGUGAAUAAUAUCUUGUAACGGUUAAUACACCUUGAAUCUCAUUUAUUGUCCAUGUUGAUAUACUGAACGUCAUUCUUUUGGCGACUGGUCACGAAUCUUUUUAAAGGUAAAAAGGUUUAUUCUUGACUGGUUGUUGCUUUGAGAUCCUGAAGAAAUGCGUUAAAGUCCCAGAUGUAAACUUUUCUAAAGCACAUAACAGCAAACGUACAUCAGAUCACUGCCUGUUCGUAACGAUGUGGAACCAGAUUUCAACCUGACAUUUUCUUUUGAUUUUCACAAAAAAAACACUAAAAAGCAACUUUGACUUCGAUUGCCCUGAAAUACUUUGAGGAGGUUUUUCUGCAUCCGUCCGAACUUCUUCUUCUUCCUGUGACAGCGGCCCGUCGCUUCAGAGAUGGAUUAAAUUCCAACCAAAAGCAUGACUAAGACCAUUAAAUUACCAUAAAAAGACUUUAUAGACAAAACAUCGUGUUAUGGAUUGUUUUCUAUAUAUUUAUAUGUACAAUAAUGAAUAUCUAAAUAUAAAUCAUUUUAAUCACAAA